AUGUCAUCCGACGGUGAUGUAACAACGGAAGAUGCCAUCAGAGUGGUCGUUAGGUUGAGGCCGCCCAUACAAAGAGAAAAUAUGUUCAAAACAAAUUGGUGUGCCCCAUGUGGGCAGUCAAUUCAGAGAACAGAUGGAAAAGAGAGUUACACGUUCGAUCAUGUUUACGAUGCUAUGUCGCGUACUGAAGACGUCUACACCGGUUGUGUUCAGGAAGUAGUUAAGUCGGCAAUGUCUGGUUAUAAUGCUACUAUAUUUGCGUAUGGUCAAACUGCAUCUGGUAAAACUUAUACCAUAUUUGGUGAUAAAUAUAACGAUGGUGUUGUGCAGAUGGCUGUCGAUACUAUCUUUUCUACCAUUGAAUCGGGUGGAUCAAGACGUUAUUUAUUGCGUAUGUCGUGUGUAGAGAUCUACAAUGAACGCGUUCGUGAUUUAUUAUCAGAUCGUACUGAUUUGGCUCUGCUUGAAAUAAAGGGAAAUGUUGUUGUUAGUGGCAUUGUUGAGGAGGUGAUUACUGAUCGUUCUGCAGUGGACUUAUUAAUUCAAGCUGCUUUUGAACGUCGUGCAGUCGGUGAAACGUCUAUGAAUGAGCUGUCAUCUCGUUCUCAUGCGAUACUUCGUUUCAUCAUUGAGAGUUAUGAUGACAAGCCGCAGAAGGACAGCACUGCUUCGUACAUAGCUUAUUUGAAUAUAGUUGACUUGGCUGGCAGUGAGAAUGCUGAGCAAUCUGGCAAUGAAGAGAUUCGCAUACGUGAAGGUUCUAAUGUCAAUCGCAGUUUAUUCACAUUAUCAAGAGUAAUUUCACAACUCACAUCCAAAAGUUCAUACGUGAGCUUCCGUGAUUCGAAAUUAACUCGCCUUUUAAAGACGUCACUGGGAGGUAAUUCAAAGACGUUGAUCAUCUGUACUGCAUCACCAGUUGCACUCACCGAAACUUCGCAAGCACUUAAGUUUGCAUCUCGAGCCAAACGCGUGAAGAAUAAACCGAUGAAGAAUAAAAUGACAGAUGACGCUCUUCUUUCCAAAUAUCUUCGUACUAUUGAGGAGCUUCGACGACAACUCGAGGAGAACCAAAGAGUAGAGCAUCAUGAGCGUGAUCUCGAAGCACAAAAUGAGCAGUUGAAUGCGGAGGUGAGACAGUUGAGAGGUUGUAUUCUUAGUGGGCAGCAUCAACAGCAGCAACGAGUAUUAUCCGUUGUUGAUGAAAACAAGUGGCGUCGAGCUAGAAGACAGACAUGGGGCGGUGGUGCUCGAGCCGCUUAUCGAAUGAGACUUUCACCCACGUUCGGACGACUAAACAACUACCACAAGAAUAUAAUCGGAUCACCAAUACAGGAAGAAACGACAUCGUGUACUAGUGCUCGCUCAUCGAUUGAUAACGCGGAAAAUGAGUGUGUAAACAAGAUGAAUGUGUCAACUUGUAAUGAAUUGGUUGAGAAUGCGUCACGAAGUAAUCUUACUCAGUACGACACAUCACAAGUGGGUGAUGUAUCGAGAAAGAGCGAUGAUUCCAUGCAAAGAACAUAUGAAUCGUCAGCACUACCCGACAAUGCCAAGAAAGCAUUAGAAAACUACAAAAUGACCAAUAAAUUUCCACUGUCGUCAUUGGUUGCAGUGAGUGAUGAGCCAUUGGCAACAGUUGAUCACUUGGAUACUGCGUUAUCGUUGAGCAGUGACGGCCUUGUAACUGCAACACUCUUGCACUCUCCUAAUACGAACCGAUCCGCUGUAGACUGCAGCACAAAUACACAAGAGUUUUUUGCGAAUGGAAUCAAUUCAUCUACUGAUAAAAUUAAUCGGGCUGAUGCAGUACUCGCUAAUAGUGAAACUGAUAACUCAUUGUCUAAUAAUAGCAGUGAGGAUGAUCGAAAAAGUGAUAAACCAGCUUGUUGGGAUACUGCGAACGAUCAGACUAAAAAUACAAAUCUUUCUGACGGAUUACAACAGUCGAGGACAGUUCAGUGUGCAGGUGAAGAAAAAAAUGAAGACAUUACAUUGAGAAUCACUGAAUCGUGUUCGAAAGAGAAUAUAACUGAAUGUGCAGAUGAUGACGAUGAAGAGGCUCUUACAGCAAUCAGCAAACAAACAGAUGGUGAAACAAAAAUGAAUAUUCGAUAUUCAGACGAUAUUUCUCUUCAUGAAACUUCUGUUAUUGCAUUUAGUACUUGUCAACAAAUAUCAGUGGAUGAAUUACGAGACGAAUUAAAUAGAGAACGAUCAGAAAGAGAAAAAGAACGGAAUGAAUGGCGUGGAAAGGUGGCUGAACUUGAAAGUAGGUUGCAGUCGAUGAGAAGGGUGGAAUUUGAAGAUGGCGAUAAAUCGAGUAAUUGUCCAGAAAACGACGAGAAUAGUCAUCUUCGUGACAUAUUGAUGGAAGGUAAACGAAAAUACGAUGAAUUGAAGAAGAAGAAGACUGAAUUGGAAAAAUGCAAUGAGUGGCUAAAGAAUGAGAUUGAGUUGUUAGAAAAGCGAUGUGACGAAGCUGAUGAAAACGAACAACAGCUGCGCCAUGAGAUUGCUCUCGUUGAUUCCGAAAGACAGAAGUUAUUGGAAGAAUUGCACAAGGAAUUAGGAAGAAGGAAAAAAGAAUCAGAAGCAUCGGGUAAUGUUCUGGAACGAGAAGUUGAGUUGGAGUGUUUGCGUAAUGAAAAGAAACAAUUUGAACAAUUUAUGAAAAAGUUUCAAAGAGAGUUAUCAAAUCGAGAUAAGAAGAUAAGUGCACUGCAAUGUGAACUGAGAAGAGUGACGAACACGAACAAUGCAGAAGAUAUAUCAUUGUCGAUGACAGAAAAAGACGGUCAGGGACUGUUACCUACGCUAUCAGAGAAUACUGUUGCUGCUGUCGGCAUUCAUACUCCCACAGCAGUUUGUAACGCACCGAACCCAUCAAGCAUUCCUCCGUCCGCUCCGAUUAAACAAGCAGCAUUAGCAUCUGCAUCUGUAUUCAGCAAUUCGUUCAAGAUCAAUGGCAACGAUUCUGUGAGUGAUGUUCCUGACGUGCCGACUGAAUGCAAUCAACAAUAA